AUGAAGGCAGCAGAGGAGGAGGAAGAUGAUGAGUUUUCGGAAGUGGAGCCGGACGCGGUUCCGCCGGAAGUCCGGGCCUGGCUGACGUCCACGUUCACGCGGGGACCAUCAGGUGCGCGCAAAGCCGGCGGUGACGACAUUUCUGGGAAGCCCAAGUUCCGGUCUGUGGCCAACGCCAUCCGCGCCGGCAUCUUCGUCGAGCGGAUUUGCCGACGACCGUCCGCGUCCGCAUUCCUUAAUUACCCGCCGUCUGUCACGCGUCAACUGAAGCGAAUCGAUGACUGGGACUUCGAUGUCUUUGGCCUGAACGUGGCAUCCGAUGGAAGCCCAUUGAAGUACUUGGGAUAUGAGCUUUUCACGCGUUACGGAAUUCUCAACAAGUACAAGAUAUCAAGUGGAACACUAAUAGCCUUCUUGAACGGAAUGGAGGCCGGAUACGCCAAGUACAAUAACCCGUAUCACAACAGCAGCCAUGCCGCUGAUGUGACACAAACAGUUCAUUAUCUUCUGUUCCAGUGUGGAUUAAUGAACUGGCUGUCGGAUUUGGAGAUUUUCGGAACACUUCUGGCGGCGAUGAUCCACGAUUUCGAGCACACUGGUACUACAAAUAAUUUUCACGUGAUGUCGAACUCGGGGGUGGCAUUACUGUACAACGAUCGGGCAGUUUUAGAAAAUCAUCACAUCAGCGCAGCAUUCAGGCUCUGUCAUGAUGGCGAAAACAGCAACAUAUUCAAGAACAUGACCAGAGAGGAGUACCGAGAACUCAGAGCGCUUGUCAUCGAAAUGGUUCUUGCUACAGACAUGUCCUUCCACUUUCAGCAAGUCAAACAAAUGCGCUCCACCAUUUCUCUUCCUGAUUCCAGGGUUGAAAAGGCGAAGGUUCUGUCGCUGGCCCUGCACAGCUGUGACAUCUCACAUCCUAGCAAGCCCUGGAACCUGCACCACAUCUGGACAUUGCGCCUGAUGGAAGAAUUUUUCAGACAAGGUGACCUCGAAAAUGACCUGGGUCUUCCUUAUUCGCCGCUUUGCGACCGGAACACAACGCAUGUCGCAGAUGCCCAGCUUAGUUUUAUUGACUUCAUUGUUGAGCCUACCAUGAACCUCCUUGGCGACGUUCUCACCAAGAUCCUGACCCCGUCUAAUCCAGACGGAGCCACAGAAUCAGCUGCUUUGUCAUCACCAUCCUCAACAUCACUCACCUCUGGAGCUUCACACCAAGUGAUUCCAGAAGCCAUUGAGGUCACGAGCGUGCCUGAAACCGAAAGGAAACAAAAGGAGUCGCAAGUCAAAGAAGCAACGUCGGAGGAUACGCCAGGAAAAAACCGAAAGGAAACAAAAGGAGUCGCAAGUCAAAGAAGCAACGUCGGAGGAUACGCCAGGAAAGUGAGGCAGGUGUACUACCGCAAUUUGAUGGAAAAUGAGCCCGCUCUGUGCAAAAGCUUCGGCAGAGCCGCAGGAUUCUCACAAAUGUGUCAAUUGCUUACCUCUCCAUGA